UCACGGCUUAGAUCAUAUACUAUGGAUGUAGUUAUGCGUAUACCGAAUUGUGUCCAACAUCAUCCCCACCACCUUCAAAAUUUCACGGUACACGAAAGAAAUGCGCAUGCCCAGAAAUCUAAGCGAAUGAUACUGUUAUACUGAUAAAGUGAUAAGCGAUAACGUUGAAAUUUUUGAUUUUUUGAAUUUUGUUGACUUUAUAUUUUGCUAAUUUAACUAAUUUGGCAUCAAAAUUUUAAAUCAAAUUGUUAAUCUUUUUUCAUCAACAUGGGCAGAGUAUGCUGUUUUUAUUGUCAAUCGACGCCAUCCAAAAUUGCUGGCUUAACACUGCACACGUUACCUACUGAUAAAUAUUUGCGCAAUGCUUGGCUAAAAGCUUGUGGCUAUAGUGAAAAUGAUUAUUCUCCAGAUAGGAGAAUAUGUUCUCUUCACUUUGAAGAACAUUGUUAUAAGGCCACUGCAAGGAAGUUAUUAAAACCUGGCUCAGUUCCUACAAAAUUUUAUAGGAUUUCACAAUACUUAUAUGUAAACAAGCCUAAAAUGCAAAUGAUUGAACCUAAUGACAGUGAAUAUGUACCGUCUUGUUCACACAAUGACCCAAGUCAAAAUAUUGAUCAAAUACUUGAAAUAACUGACAGUGAACCAUCUUGUUCACAUAAUGACACAAGUCAAAAUAUUGAUCAAAUACUUGGAAUAACUGACAGUGAACCAUCUUGUUCACGUAAUGACACAAGUCAAAAUAUUGAUCAAAUACUUGAAAUAACUGACAGUGAACCAUCUUGUUCACAUAAUGACACAAGUCAAAAUAUUGAUCAAAUACUUGAAAUAACUGAAAGAGUUCCUGAAUUAAAUACUAAGCGAAAAAUAUCACUAACAAAUUCUACACCAUCUGAGUGCAUUAUUGAAACUCCAAAACGAAGGAGAAAUCGUUAUGUUGGUGAUGUAACUACUCCAGAUUUAAGUACUCCUAAACGAGCAAAAGAGAAUUUUAAAGUGGCAAAAUUAAAAAUUAUUAAACAGAGAAGACAAAUUAAAACAUUAACUCAAAAAGUUAAUAGGCUACAAAAUAAACUGUCAUCAUUGAAAACUUUGUUUGCAUACAUGAAGAAACAGAAUUUAUUGAGUGAAGUAGCCCAUGACAAUAUUCUGGUAAAGUAUAAACUAUAUAAAACUAACUUAAUAAAUCAUUAGAAUCAAUAAAUUAACAUUAACUCUUGAAAUAUAUUAUUUGUCCAGCUUAUAUUAAUAAUUUUUUUGUUUUUGUGAAUUUCAAUCAUCUUGAUUUAAUGGACAAAUAAAAUCAAAAUCAAGUUACAAAUCUAGUAUGAACAGUAUUUAUGGUAAUGUAUAAACUAUAUAAAUCAUUAGAAUCAAUAAAUUAACAUUGACUCUUGAAAUUAUAUUAUUUGUGCAGCUAAUAUUAAUAAUUUUUUUGUUUUUGUGAAUUUCAAUCAUCUUGAUUUAAUGGACAAAUAAAAUCAAAAUCAAGUUACAAAUCUAGUAUGAACAGUAUUUAUGGUAAUGUAUAAACUAUAUAAAUCAUUAGAAUCAAUAAAUUAACAUUGACUCUUGAAAUUAUAUUAUUUGUGCAGCUAAUAUUAAUAAUUUUUUUGUUUUUGUGAAUUUCAAUCAUCUUGAUUUAAUGGACAAAUAAAAUCAAAAUCAAGUUACAAAUAUAGUAUGUACAAUACAUUUUGGUUAUAUAUGAACUAUAUAAAACUAACUUUAUAAAUCAUUAGAAUCAAUAAAUUAACAUUAACUCUUGAAAUAUAUUAUUUGUCCAGCUUAUAUUAAUACAUUUUUUUGUUUUUGU